GUGUUGGUCCCUCCCUGCAGCGGAGGAGAGAGGAGGAGGAGAGCGGAGCUGAAGGUCACAGUAGGAGGACCGUCAUCAUCAUCAUCAUCAUCAUCAUCAUCAUCAUCAUCUUAUUAAUAUCUGACUGAUUGUCGAUCAUCUGAUCGGAUUCAUCAGCUGAUCGAUCGGAGCGUGAUGAUGUGAGACGGGAGGACGGAGCGACACUCCGCUGCUGCACCGUGCCGGUCUCACUGCUGCCUGUCUGCCUGCCUGCCUGAGCUCCAUCAGUGUCCUCCAGCUCCUCCACCUGUCUGUCUUUCUCGUUCUCCUUUCCUCCGCCUGUCUGUCGCUCCGCCAGUCUUGCCGUCAUGGGGAACCGGGGGAUGGAGGAGCUGAUCCCGUUGGUCAACAAGCUGCAGGACGCGUUCGCCUCCAUCGGGCAGAACUCGAGCCUGGACCUGCCGCAGAUCGCGGUGGUGGGCGGGCAGAGCGCCGGGAAGAGCUCGGUGCUGGAGAACUUUGUGGGCCGAGACUUCCUUCCUCGUGGUUCAGGUAUUGUCACUCGUCGCCCCCUGGUGCUUCAGCUCAUCAACUGUCCAACAGAGUAUGGGGAGUUCCUGCACUGUAAAGGGAAGAAGUUCACAGACUUUGAUGAAAUCCGCCAGGAGAUCGAAGCUGAAACUGAUCGAAUCACUGGACAGAACAAAGGGAUCAGUCCGGUCCCCAUCAACCUGAGAGUGUACUCACCCAAUGUGUUGAACCUGACUCUGGUGGAUCUUCCUGGGAUGACGAAGGUGCCAGUGGGCGACCAGCCAGCAGACAUUGAGCACCAGAUCAAAGAAAUGCUCAUGCAGUUCGUCACCAAGGACAACUGCCUCCUUUUGGCCGUUUCCCCCGCCAACUCUGACCUUGCCAACUCUGACGCUCUGAAGAUCGCCAAAGAGGUCGACCCACAAGGUCUGAGGACCAUUGGUGUGAUCACCAAGCUGGACCUGAUGGAUGAAGGAACAGAUGCCAGAGACAUCCUGGAAAACAAACUGCUACCGCUGCGCAGAGGUUACAUCGGGGUGGUGAACCGCAGUCAGAAGGACAUCGAUGGGAGGAAAGACAUCACGGCAGCUCUGCAAGCUGAGAGGAAGUUCUUCCUGUCGCACCCAUCAUACCGACACCUGGCCGACCGCAUGGGCACCGCCUACCUACAGAAAAUCCUCAACCAGCAAUUGACAAAUCACAUCCGGGAUACGUUGCCGGCCUUACGCAGCAAACUGCAGAGUCAGCUCCUGUCCAUCGAGAAGGAGGUGGAGGAGUACAAGAACUUCAGACCGGACGACCCGGGACGGAAGACCAAGGCCCUGCUGCAGAUGGUGCAGCAGUUUGCAGUGGACUUUGAGAAGCGUAUUGAAGGAUCAGGUGAUCAGGUGGACACCUAUGAGCUGUCAGGAGGAGCAAAGAUCAACCGAAUCUUCCACGAACGUUUCCCCUUCGAGCUGGUCAAGUUGGAGAGUGAUGAGAAGACUCUUCGUAAAGAGAUCAGCUACGCCAUCAAGAACAUUCACGGGAUCAGGACGGGUCUGUUCACACCUGACAUGGCAUUUGAGACGAUAGUGAAGCGCCUGACGGCUCAGAUCAAAGAACCAUGUCAGAAAUGUGUCGACAUGGUGAUCAGUGAGCUGGUCAACACCGUCAGGCAGUGCACACAGAAGCUGGCUCAGUAUCCGAUGCUCAGAGAGGAGAUGGAGAGAAUUGUCACUCAGCACAUCAGAGAUAGAGAGAGUCGCACCAAAGACCAGGUGAUGUUGUUGAUUGACAUUGAGUUGGCCUACGUGAACACAAAUCAUGAAGACUUCAUCGGCUUUGCAAAUGCUCAGCAGAAGAGCAGUCAGAUGAGCAAGAAGAAAGUAGCAGGAAACCAGGACGAGAUCAUGGUGAUCCGUAAAGGCUGGCUGACCAUCAACAACAUCAGCAUCAUGAAGGGCGGAGCUAAAGAGUACUGGUUCGUCCUGACUGCUGAGACCCUGUCCUGGUACAAAGAUGAUGAGGAGAAGGAGAAGAAGUACAUGCUGCCUGUCGACAACCUGAAACUCAAAGACAUCGAGAAGAGUUUCAUGUCCAGCAAACACAUCUUUGCCCUGUUUAACACUGAACACAGGAACGUGUAUAAAGACUACCGUCAGCUGGAGCUGGCCAGCGAGUCUCAGGAGGAGGUGGACAGCUGGAAGGCUUCUUUCCUGCGAGCUGGCGUGUACCCUGAACGCAGCGUGGAUAAGGAGAAGGUUGAGGUGGAGGAAUCGAGUGGAGAUGGACACAUCCACAGUAUGGACCCUCAGCUGGAGCGACAGGUGGAGAUCGUCAGGAACCUGGUGGACUCGUACCUGGCUAUCAUCCACCGCACCGUCAGGGACCUCAUCCCUAAGACCAUCAUGCACCUGAUGGUCAACAACACGAAGGAGUUCAUCCACGCUGACCUGCUGGCUCAACUUUACUCCUGUGGAGACCAGAACAGCCUGAUGGAGGAGUCCCAGGAACAGGCUCAGCACCGUGACGAGAUGUUGAGGAUGUAUCACGCUCUGCGCGAAGGCCUCAACAUCAUUGGUGACAUCAGUACCUCCACCAUCACCACGGCAAUGCCACCUCCUGUUGAUGACUCUUGGCUGCAGGUCACGGGGAUGCCCUCAGGACGCAGAUCUCCCAUGUCCAGUCCCACCCCUCAGCGUCGGGCCCCACCUGGACCUCCUCGUCCAGGUGGUCGUGCAGCCCCCGGCCCUCCAGGUCGUCCGGCGGUGUCACCUGACCCUGGACCCCCCCCCUCCAUCCCCUCCCGACCCAACAGAGCACCCCCACCUGGAGUCCCCAGAAUCUCUAUCAGUGACCAGUGAGGAGUCCACCAAUGUCGGAGGGCUCCUGCAUCUCCAUCUCGACCCUCCAGAGCCGACUCUGACCUCUAACACGCUCUCACACACACACACACACACACACACACACACACCCAGCUGGAUUAAACAUGUUUCAUGGUCACUGAUGUAUUAUGUGGUUUUGGAGCACAAACAGACAGUCCACAUAGAACCAGAGUACCCUGGUUCCACCUGGUUCUGACCAAAUCUAAAAGGGUUCUACUAGUUUCACUGGGUAAUGGCUUUUCCAGUCAGUUUCAUUUAUGUAAUUCAUGACCACAAUUAUCUCACCAGACUUUCAGUUGGAGCCGGUAUGCUGGCUACAGAUUGCUCUUGGUACUGGUUUCAUUCAGCUACUUCUUGGUUCUACUACCAGAGUUCCUUCUGGUUCCACUGUUUCCAGUUGGUUUUCAGUUGUUAUAACUGAUUCCAACCAGUCCUGAGUGCUUCUAGUGGACUCUUGCUUGUUCCAACUGGUCCCAACCUUGAUCCAGAAAAUUCUGACUGGUUCAAGCUUUAAUUGAUUACAAUAAGUUCCAGCUGGUACCAACAGGUUCCAGCAGGCUUCUGCUGGUUACCCUUGGAUCCUACUAGUAAUAAUAAUAUUUGGUUCAGGUGUUUCCAAGAGCCUCUGGUCCUACCUGGGUUACUAGUGGUUCCAACUGUGCCUACUGCUUCCAGCUGGUGCGAACAAGCCUCUACUUGUUCCUGCUUGAAAACCACUGCCACAAAAUUCUGACUGGUUCUCACUGGUUAUAAUAGGUGUAGACUGGUUAAUAUAUGUUCAAGUCCAACUAGUCCAGGUGGUACCAACAGGUCUUUACAGAUUUAAACAGGACCCAGAGGUUCCCAGAUGUUCCACUGAUGCCUGCUGCCUCCAGCUGGCUCUGCGUUAUUCCAACUGAUUCCAAACAGUUCCAAGUGCUUCCAGUUAGUUCUUGCUUGUUUCAACUGGUCCCAACAAACUUCUACUUGUUCCAGCAAAUUCUGACUAGUUCCCAAUCGUUCCAUUUGGCUCAGAUGACAGGUUCCUUCUGAAAGGUUUCCACUGGUUUCAGCUGGUUCCAACAGGCUGGUACUGCUUGUGUCUGGAUUACUGUCUCCUACAGCUCUGAUGCAAGAGAGGCAUUCGCAGGCGGUGGAGAUACUCAAGAUGAUCCAGGUCUACAGGUGUUUGACCUCAGAUAUGUCGACUUUAUACUCUGAUCAGAGAAGCAAAUAAAUCUUCAGCCUGGCAGAAAAAAGACAGGAUGAGGAUAUAUCUUAGAUAAAUGUUGUGAUUGAUAAAUCUUUACAUCCUGCUCUUGAAUUGUGUUCUACCUCACACAAACUUGUUCAUGUUAUCAAACCAGAGCUUGCACAUUCAGUUUCUUCAGUGGUGCACAUUUCUUUUCUCGCGACCGUGGAAAUGGCCCAUGCGGUCACCUCGUGACUGCUCACUGCUGUGCAGAGACAGCGAUCACGUACAGUUGAGUGUCAUCAGCGUAAAGAUGUAAAUGAGAAUCAGUACGAUCCCUCGACUGGGUCUGAUUCAGUUCUGAAUCUUCAGUUCUGACCACUCCUUUUGUUUAUUGUGUUUUAUUUAUCAAAAAUAUUUUUUCUUUCUGUACAUAACUGGUUCCAUCCUAACUGGUCCUGGCUCGUCCCAACCGGUUCUUAAUGGAUCUUAGUGGUUCUGUCUCUGAAUGAUUUCAGCUGGUUUAAACUGGUUCAAAUCCAUUCUGAACAAUUCCACCUGGUUGUAACUUGAUUCAAGCAGUCUGGACCAACUGGUUCUAACUUCUUAAAGCUUUCAUUUAGCCAGAAUGUUUCCAGCUGGUUCUUUCUGGUUGCUAACUUGGUUUAACUGGUUCAAACAGGCUCCUAACUGGUUCUGACUGGUUUGAACUGGUCUCAGGUGAUUCUGAGAGAACUGGUUGUGAUUAAUGCAUGUUCAUUUUAGUUAUUGUCUCUGACUGGUUCCCACAGGUACCAGCAGAGUAUUGUUCAGUGAUUGGUGUGACCUUUGACCCUUGUAUCCUUGAGCUCUCCUGCCUGAUGAGCUUUCAGUAGAUUCACUGUUCUCCUCUUUUCUUUUCUCUUUCUUCAUGUUUGUUUUUGUCAUUUUUCCCAGUCGUCCCAGUAAAGGUAGCCCUGCCCAUGGAGAGAGCCCCCAGUCCUCUAUUGAGGGUUAACCUGAACCAAGUGUGUGUUUGUGUCUCUACUGAUGCUGUGUUACUGUGAACCUUACUAGUAAUGAUAAUAAUGAUGACAUUACGUAUCAGCACAUUAUGACUAUAUAGCAAAUAAUCAGCAAAAUACUAUUGCAAUAUUGAGUGUAUAGAUAUGUUUUCCGGCUGUCUGUCUGCACAGGAGAGUGAGACAGGUCAUCUGCCUGACAGAAACAUUAAUGUAUCAGCUCACAUCAUGAAGCACUGUGGACGACUCCAGAGAUGCUGUCCGAGUGAAGACCUCUCACUCCUCUCUGGCUGUUCAGGCUGCUCUGGGUUCAGACCUGCCCGCACAGUUAGCUACUGGCUAUAUAGCCACUAUCCAGUUAGCUGCUAGCCAAUCAUCUGCUAGCCAGGAAGCUACUAGCCAGUUAGCUAACUGCAUCAGCUCCUGGAACAAAUGUAUUUUGUUUUGUUUUGUGUGUCUUCUGUGUUAUGUGAAGCUGAUGAUGUCUUAUGUUGACAUGUUGCAUCAUGGGAACUUUUCUUUACAGUGUAAAGUUUACAGAUUUUUUUUAAUUUAUAUAAUUAUUAAUCUAUUUAUUGAUUUUUAUUAUUUGUGGUUCUUUAUAAAUGGCACUACUGAUUUUAGCUGUCCUGUUGAUUUAGCACCGUUAGCAUUGCUCUUAGAAUUUGUUCCAAAGUGUUCUGGUUCUUCUGGACUCUGUUCUGUUUCACUGACUCCUCCACCUGGAAUAACUGAGCCUUUUCACCACUAUCUGGUUCUAACCAACUGGUUUCAAUGGCCAGUUGGAUAACACUGGCUUCACAGCUUGUUCUAAAUGGUUCCAUUGGGGCCCGCAGGUUCUUACUUACUGUAGCUCUUUCCAGUUUGCUCCAGUUUGCUCUAAAAGAUUGAACUGGCUCCAACUGGUUUUGAAACCAGUUGACCAAGUCAAACUGCCUGCAGCCAUCUAACAGUUACACUGUGGUGGUGACUUCAUACUUGAUGUUUUGUGCAGAACAGUUUUCUGAGAACAACCAUGUCAUUUGGAUUUACUGAGUUUGAGUGCACUGAGCUGCACUUUGACCCACAGCACAGACAUCUUUACCACAAAGAAAUGAUCAGGAAAUGUUCAAAUAAAGUGUCAUAAGAUGGAGUCUUUAUUGAGAAGUAAACAUUGUGUACCAGCAGGUGUUUUGUUCGAGUCCUCUGAUGUCUUUGAUUUGAAUAUUUAACGCGCUGUCUCCAGUCAUUACAGUGUUAAUUUAAGUUUGUUGAUGGAGAUGUGAUGAGUCGGCAGUAUUCAUGCAGAUGUGCAGGUGUGAUUUGUGCAGAUGUUUUCUUCACCAGCUGACUGAAGUACAGACUGAAUCUGAACUUUACCUGCUGAUCUAUUUAUUCUAGUUGUGUUUGUGUCGUGUUCAUGUUGUGAUCGUGUUGGUGAGCGGAGCGCUGAGCUGCGUUCAGCACCGCUCACGCUGUCAGUGCUCGUAGGUGUGAGGUGUCACUUUGGUGUCAGCAUGGACUCUUAUUUGAAGUAAAUUUAAAGUGUUUUGUGAUUUUAAUAAUCAGUAAAAUGUUGCACAUGUUGCUCUGCAGCGGCGUGUUGAAUGCAGCUCAGCCUCCCACACACACACCUGUGAUCGUGGAUAGUUCACUCUGUAUGGUAUUAAUAUAAAUGUUUACAGAUAUUAAGAAGAAGAUUAAAAUGCACCGUAUAUAUGUGAGGAAGAACAUAUAUGUAGAUCUAUUAACUGAAAUAUGCAGCGGCCCAGACCCUGUAGUGUUUGUGUGAAUGCGCAUGUGUGCGUGCGUGUGUGUUUGUGUGCGUGUGUGUGUAGUCAUGUUGUGAAUAUUAGUGUCGUGUGACCAGGGCCACGGUGAUGUGUUAAAUAAAGUUUGUGUGAAUGAAGAUGACAAGUUUUGUUUUAU